ACCAGGAGCUCAGAGCAGGCGGGCCCAAAUUGGGAUAGAAGACGGAUUUUGAUAAAAGAGGUUAAAUAACAGGUUUUUCCAUUUCACCUUAUAGGAACGGGAUGGGGGGUGGGGGUGCCGGGCCUCCAGCCAAUAGAGGACCAAGAGUUGUCAGGAGGGCUUAUAAAGCUUGCUAUUUCUGGCAUUUUUUCUCUUUCUCUGCUGAUUAUGCAGCAGAAUCGUACAGAGGCUGUCGCGGGCGCGUUCUCUCGCUGCCUGGGCUUCUGUGGAAUGAGACUCGGGCUCCUUCUACUUGCGAGACGCUGGUGCAUUGCAGGUGUGCCUCUGCAGAAGUUUGAUGGUGACAGUGCCUACGUGGGGAUGAGUGACGGAAACCCAGAGCUCCUGUCAGCCAGCCAGACCUAUAACGGCCAGAGCGAGAGCAACGAGGACUAUGAGAUUCCCCCGAUAACACCUCCCAACCUCCCCGAGCCGUCCCUCCUGCACCUGGGGGACCACGAAGCCAGCUACCACUCGCUGUGCCACGGCCUCACCCCCAACGGGCUGCUCCCUGCCUACUCCUACCAGGCCAUGGACCUCCCUGCCAUCAUGGUGUCCAACAUGCUGGCACAGGACAGCCACCUGCUGUCGGGCCAGCUGCCCACGAUCCAGGAGAUGGUCCACUCGGAGGUGGCUGCCUACGACUCGGGCCGGCCGGGGCCGCUGCUGGGCCGCCCGGCGAUGCUGGCCAGCCACAUGAGCGCCCUCAGCCAGUCCCAGCUCAUCUCGCAGAUGGGCAUCAGGAGCAGCAUCGCCCACAGCUCCCCGUCUCCCCCGGGGAGCAAGUCAGCGACGCCCUCUCCCUCCAGUUCAACUCAGGAGGAGGAGUCGGAAGCCCAUUUCAAGAUCUCGGGAGAAAAAAGACCCUCAGCUGACCCAGGAAAAAAAGCCAAGAACCCCAAAAAGAAGAAAAAGAAGGACCCGAACGAGCCACAGAAGCCUGUGUCAGCCUACGCACUCUUCUUCAGAGACACUCAGGCCGCCAUCAAGGGACAGAACCCCAGCGCCACCUUCGGGGAUGUGUCCAAGAUCGUGGCCUCCAUGUGGGACAGCUUGGGAGAGGAGCAGAAGCAGAGCUCCCCGGACCAAGGUGAGACCAAGAGCACUCAGGCGAACCCACCAGCCAAGAUGCUGCCACCCAAGCAGCCCAUGUACACCAUGCCGGGCCUGGCCUCCUUCCUGGCGCCGUCGGACCUGCAGGCCUUCCGCAGCGGGGCCUCUCCUGCCAGCCUCGCCCGGACGCUGGGCUCCAAGUCGCUGCUGCCUGGCCUCAGCGCGUCCCCACCGCCGCCACCCUCCUUCCCGCUCAGCCCCCCACUGCACCAGCAACUGCCACUGCCCCCCCACGCACAGGGCGCCCUCCUCAGCCCACCCGUCAGCAUGUCCCCCGCCCCCCAGGCCCCUGUCCUGCCCACCCCCAUGGCACUCCAGGUGCAGCUGGCGAUGAGCCCCUCACCUCCAGGGCCACAGGACUUCCCCCACAUCUCUGAGUUCCCCGGCAGCUCAGGCCCCCGCUCUCCUGGCCCAUCCAACCCCACGAGCAGCGGGGACUGGGACAGCAGUUACCCCAGCGGGGAGUGCGGCAUCAGCACCUGCAGCCUGCUCCCCAGGGACAAACCACUCUACCUCACCUAAGCCCGCCUCCCCCCCUCCCUGAGGCUCACUGGAAGGGCGCUGCUCCGGGCCUGAAGGGCUGACAGCAGAAAAGAGGCCUUGGCAGGAGGCAGGGUGACAGAUCCGAGAGAGCAGUGACACACCAAUGCCCCAGGGCUGAGUCUCUCCCUCGACCUCCCACCAGACUCUGCAGAGGCGGCCCACCGCCCGCCGCCAGCCCAAAGAACCUGCAGGAACCUUCUGCCCGCUGACCUGCUUGCUCCAGGGUAGCUGUGGACCCCGCUCCUCGCCCCGCACACGGUACCUACAUCCGGAUGCCUGGCCCCAGCCCCAGCCCACGUGGGCUGCCCCUGGCAGGGUCUCUUACCAACAGACACCUGCCCCAGACGCAUGGGCCAGGGGGCCGGCCCGCCAUGGACGUGCACAUAACGGUUUUCCAGUGUGAACAAGAGUAUGAAACCUAUAAACUGUCGGCUCCGUGUAAGUAGUCGGCUAAGUGUUUUAGAACUGUGCUGAAGACAUCUGUAAGAUUAUUUUGUGGGGGAAAAAGUAGUUUCCUUUAAGGUAAAAAAGCAUUUUAUAUGACCCUUAGCACAUUUUUUUUUAAGUUUUAUCUUAAGGGAGACAUGCACAAAAGCGGCCGCCAAACCGUUUCGUUGUCUGCAUAGCCAGAACCGGACAGUGACAGCCACCCUUGGAGGAUCGCUCUUUUCCUUUAACCAUAUGUCCAUCUAUUUAAAAUUGCCAGCGACGACCUUUGUCUAUUUAUGAAGAAACCUUGAGAACAAAGUUGCAGCUUAUCAUAACGUGCGUGUGGUUUUGGGGUUUGGUUUUGGUUUUGGUUCUUGACGUUGUUUGCAGCUGUUUCCUGGCCCUGGCGAAUGUGUGUCUCGGUGCCCAGUGCUUCUCUCGACUCUCUUUAUAAUAAAACCUCUGAAAAGUUGAAAA